CUUCUUAGGAAAAGAUUUUCUGAGAACAACUGUCAAGCUCUAUUCGGUGUUUCUGUCUGCAGAAAUUAUUCUGAAGGACGUGAAAAGAACAGAAAUACAUUAAGCACGACGAUAAAGAAAUCUUUUAGUAAAAGGAUCAUGGCUUCCAACUCUGAAAAAUCAAGGAAUCUCUCAAAAUCCUAUAUAACUAAAAAGCAGACAGUAGGCAGAACAACAAAAUGUUCCCAAUGUUCUAAAGGUGUGAAAUGUUUUGUCUGUAAACAUCUUGUUGUUCAUCAGAGAACUCACACAGGAGAGAAACCUUUUGGGUGUUCUGAAUGUAGCAAAUGUUUUGGAACUAAAUCAAAGCUUAAUGUACAUGUAAGAACUCACACAAGAGAGAAACCUUUCUUAUGUUCUGAAUGUGGCAAAUGUUUUGGAACUAAAGGAAAUCUUGUUUGUCAUCAGACAACUCACAUGAGAGAGAAACCUUUCUUAUGUUCUGAAUGUGGCAAAUGUUUUGGAACUAAACAACAGCUUGUUAUUCAUCAGAGAACUCACACACAAGAGAAACUUUAUGCAUGUUCUGAAUGUUGCAAAUGUUUUGGAACUAAACAACAGCUUGUUAAUCAUCAGAGAACUCACACACGAGAGAAACCUUUCUCAUGUUCUGAAUGUGGGAAAUGUUUUGGAAUUAAACAACAGCUUGUUAUUCAUCAGAGAACUCACACGAGAGAGAAACGUUAUGCAUGUUCUGAAUGUGGGAAAUGUUUUGUAAGCAACUCACAGCUUGUUAUUCAUCAGAGAACUCACACAGGAGAGAAACCUUUCUCAUGUUCUGAAUGUGGCAAAUGUUUUGGAACUAAAUUAACUCUUAUUCGACAUCAGACAACUCACACAGGAGAGAAACCAUUCUCAUGUUCUGAAUGUGGGAAAUGUUUUAGUAGGUACUCAAGUCUUGUUCUUCAUCAGAGAACUCACACACAAGAGAAACUUUUUGCAUGUUCUGAAUGUGGCAAAUGUUUUGUAAGCAAAUCAGAUCUUAAUGUGCAUCUGAAAACUCACACAGGAGAGAAACCUUUCCCAUGUUCAGAAUGUGGCAAAUGUUUUAGUCUGCAUACUACUCUUGUGCUACAUCAGAGAACUCACACAGGAGAGAAACCUUUCGCAUGUUCUGAAUGUGGGAAAUAUUUUGGAACUAAAUUAUAUCUUGUUCGACAUCAGAGAACUCACACAGGAGAGAAACCUUUCGAAUGUUCUGAAUGUGGGAAAUGUUUCAGCCAGCAUACUACUCUUGUUCUACAUCAGAGAACUCACACAGGAGAGAAACCUUUCUCAUGUUCUGAAUGUGGGAAAUAUUUUAGUAGGCACUCAAGUCUUGUUCUUCAUCAGAGAACUCACACAGGAGAGAAACCUUUCUCAUGUUCUGAAUGUGGCAAAUGUUUUGGAACAAAAUUAUAUCUUGUUCGACAUCAGAGAAAUCACACAGGAGAGAAACCUUUCUCAUGUUCUGAAUGUGGGAAAUGUUUUAGUGGGUACUCAAGUGUUGUUGUUCAUCAGAGAACUCACACAGGAGAGAAACCUUUCUCAUGUUCUGAAUGUGGCAAAUGUUUUGUAACUAAAUUAAAUCUUGUUCGACAUCAGACAACUCACACAGGAGAGAAACCUUUCUCAUGUUCUGAAUGUGGGAAAUGUUUUAGUAGGUACUCAAGUGUUGUUGUUCAUCAGAGAACUCAUACAGGAGAGAAACCUUUCUCAUGUUCUGAAUGUGGGAAAUGUUUUGUAACUAAAUUAAAUCUUGUUCGACAUCAGACAACUCACACAGGAGAGAAACCUUUCUCAUGUUCUGCAUGUGGGAAAUGUUUUGGAACUAAAUUAAAUCUUGAUCGACAUCAGACAACUCACAUAGGAGAGAAACCUUUCUCAUGUUCUGAAUGUGGGAAAUGUUUUGUAACUAAAUCAGAUCUUAAUGUGCAUCUGAGAACCCACACAGGAUAGAACUUUCUAAGAUGUAACAAUGCAUCUAUGGUUUAAUAAACAACUUUUAUUCUGAAUAUGAGACAUUCUAAAAUCUAGAUUCAAAUUUUGUUUACCAUCCUGUGUCUUACAUAAUAGCAAAGCUUUUCUCAUAUUGACACAAUAAAUAUAAACUAUGACAGUAGCCGUCAGUGUACAAAUGUAAGCAUUGUGAUUGUGAUAACUCUGCAGAGCUCCUCUUUACCUUUCUCCAUUAUAGCAUUACUGUGGAUUACUGUUGACUGUUAAUUUGUAAACUCCUGUACCUUCCAUGCUCAACUCUUGCUUUGUUUAAUGUUAGGAUUUGUUAGCGUUAGUCAAUAUAUGUUUUGGUUAAUUGACAUUCCCCAUUUAUCACUAUCACCUGUAUUAUUUCUCCUAUUGAUUGAUUUAGUUUUUUCACUUUAAUAACUGCAUGCCUUUCCAUCCAUAACUAUUGUUUUAUCUAACCCCAGGCUCCCUCUCACUGCCUGUGCACCAAACAACAGUAUUCAUAUAGUAGCAUUUCUAGAAGGAUAAGUCCCUCAAAAAACAUCUCUUCAGACUAGCCUAUGACAUCCUAAAGUAACUAUUAUUUCACAAACCUAUAUUUUCACGCUUUUUCUUUAGAGGGCCACACUUCACUUUCACCUGUCAAUGCUGCUACUUCCCACACUGUUGCUGGCUGCUAGCCCCCACUCUGCAAUUCAUAUUGUGUUUUAUACCCCAUCUCCUCUAGAUUGAAAGAGUUUUUAUCAACCUAUUGAUUCCGUAAUGAUUUUUAAUUGUCUUAUUUAUUGUUACAUUUUCCCAUUGUAAAAUUGUAAAGCAAUGUGGAAUAAGCUAGCUCUUUGUAAAUGCCAAUAAUAACAG